UGCAUAAUUAACGCAGGUUUGCGGUGGGCAGUGACGCAGAGUCUGAGACUUUCCUCGUAAUUGAUCAAAAAUACUCGCUUGAUUCGGCGGAACGGGUUUAAUCCUCCCCUCCUUUAAUCUUCACGACGUUGAAUCUCAACACAGCAUCAAAUCCAUGUGAUUUCGGCCUCUUACAUGUGGAUGUUGAUGUGGUAGGGAAUAAAUAAAAGAUGCCGCAGCCGAAAUCGCGAAAGAUCGCCGUCCUGGGCUACAGAUCCGUCGGGAAAUCCUCCUUGACAAUACAGUUCGUGGAAGGCCAGUUUGUUGACUCCUACGACCCCACGAUUGAAAACACAUUUACGAAAAUGAUCACCGUGAACGGUCAGGAGUAUCACCUGCAGCUUGUCGACACAGCGGGGCAGGACGAAUACUCGAUUUUCCCACAGACGUACUCCAUAGAUAUCAACGGUUACAUUUUGGUGUAUUCAGUCACGUCAAAUAAAAGUUUUGAAGUAGUAAAAGUUAUCCAUGAAAAGUUGUUGGAUAUGGUGGGAAAAGUACAAGUACCCAUAAUGCUGGUGGGCAAUAAGAAAGAUCUUCACAUGGAGCGUGUGAUCAGCUGUGAAGAAGGCAAAGCUUUGGCGGAAUCGUGGAACGCAGCGUUCAUGGAGUCCUCAGCCAAAGAGAAUCAGACGGCCGUGGAGGUGUUUAAGAGGAUAAUCCUGGAGGCGGAGAAGAUGGACGGCGGCGCUCCUCAGGGCCGGACGCCCUGCUCCAUGAUGUAGAUAACCCCGCCCCUCUCCCCGCCCAGACCCCGCCCCUCUCCCACAGUCUGCCCCGCCCACCGGAGAACCAGCACAAACUUUUCUAGCAAGCAUGUUUGUUUGAGGCUGGAGUUUGGGCUUCUGUGAGCGCCUGCGCCUGCGCCUGCGCUUGUGUUUUGUCGUCUAGUUGUAGGAUGAAAGGGUUCGAACAGGGUUGGAGAUGUUUGCUAGAAAAGUCUGUUUCCAGCCCCUCCUGCCCGGCCGCACCGCAGCACUGGACACUGGGAAACGAAUCCCUCUACUUGAAGUGGCUAACUGCCUGUUUCCUGCAUAGACAUGUCGGCUUUUUCUUUUAAACCUUUUUAUACUUCAUUUGACUUCUUUUAAUUUUUUUAGUUGUGUGAUCUUUUUCUUUUAAUUAUUCCUUUGUGAGAGCGAAUCUGUCGACGAAUAACACACAGACACACACGGACAUGCGCGCGUCUUCAGCCUUACGUUUCCGUUCAGCUCUUCUCUACCUCUCAUCCUCCUCUCUGUUCCCCCAAACCCUCUGGAAUUUGUAUAUCGUGUUUCUUAAACGGUAAUUAUGGCCAAUAAAGUUGGCAGCAUUCAUUCGCUAGUGAAUGUUGUUGGACUUUUUUGAUUGUAAUCAUUAAACGCAGCAUUUUGUUUCACUAUCA